AUGGCCCCGCCUCAAGCUGCCCUCGACUUUGUCGACUUUGUCAACGCCUCACCGACACCCUACCAUGCCUGCGCCCUUGCUGCUGCCCGUCUCGAGAAGGCCGGUUUCUCCAAGAUCAAGGAGCGCGACCCAUGGGCUUCCAUCCUUCGGCCCGGGGGCAAAUACUAUCUAACCCGCAACGGAUCGUCCAUUGUGGCUUUUGCCAUUGGCAAGAAAUGGCGUCCGGGCAGCCCGGUGGCCAUGGUCGGCGCGCACACCGACUCUCCGUGCCUCCGCAUCAAGCCGGUCUCGAAGAAGGGCAACGCCGGCUUCUUGCAGGUUGGCGUCGAGACGUAUGGCGGCGGCAUCUGGCAUAGCUGGUUCGACCGCGAUCUCAGCAUCGCCGGCCGCGUCCUCGUCCGCGACGGCCAGGGCAAUUUCGUUCAAAAGCUCAUCAAGGUCGGCAAGCCGCUGCUGCGCAUCCCGACGUUGGCCAUCCACCUGGACCGGAGCUCCAGUUUUGACCCGAACAAGGAGAACGAGCUGUUCCCCAUUGCCGGGCUGGCAUCGGCCGAGUUGAACAAGAGCGGCCAGGCAGCCGGCAACGGAGAAGAGGAGAAGACGACGCAGGGCGAGGAGGAAAAGGGGGGGGAGGGCGGCGGCGCCAAGGAUGAUUUUGAGCCGCUCAAGGCCAUGACGGAGCGUCACCACCCGCACAUCCUCGACGUCAUCGCGUCGCACGCCGAGGUGGGGGUCUCCGACGUGGUCGACUUUGAGCUCGUGCUGUACGACACCCAGGCCGCCUGCGUGGGCGGCCUCAACGACGAGUUCGUCUUCUCGGCGCGGCUCGACAACCUGAACAUGACGUACUGCGCGGUCGAGGGCCUCGUCGCGUCGGUGCGCAAGGCGGACGCGCUGGACAACGACGCCACCGUCCGGCUGGUGACGUGCUUCGACCACGAGGAGAUCGGGUCCACGUCGGCGCAGGGGGCGGGCUCGAAUCUCCUCCCGGCGGUCCUGCGGCGUCUCUCGGUGCUCCCGGCGGGCCGCAACGACGCGGCGUCGGACGCGUCCUACGACGCCGUGGUCGACGCCGCCGGGUCGCCGCCGCAGGGGGACGAGUCGACGGCGUUCGAGCAGACGCUGGCGCGGUCGUUCCUCGUGUCGGCCGACAUGGCGCACUCGGUGCACCCCAACUACGCGGGCAAGUACGAGGCGUCGCACCAGCCGGCGAUGAACGGCGGGCCGGUGCUCAAGGUCAACGCGAACCAGCGGUACGCGACCAACUCGCCGGGCAUCGUCCUUUUGCAGGAGUGCGCGCGCCACGCCGACGUGCCGUUGCAGCUGUUCGUGGUGCGCAACGACUCGCCCUGCGGGAGCACCAUCGGGCCCAUGCUGAGUGCGAAGCUGGGAGUGCGCACGCUCGACUUGGGGAAUCCGCAGCUCAGCAUGCACUCGAUCCGGGAGACGGGCGGGAGUCGUGAUGUUGAGCAUGCCAUUCGGUUGUUUGAGAGUUUCUAUGAGACGUAUGGCGAGCUGGAGGCCAAAUUCUUUGUAGAUUAG